UUCUCACAGAAUUCAGGGAUAAACAGGAAAACUGCACUGCUGACACAUACACGCACACAGGCGCACUGCAGGCACACCUACGUUUAUCGAUAUCGAUAGGCGGGCGACCGAAGAAGCAACCGAACGGUUGAGCGGCGAAGAAACGACUGAAACGGUCGAACAACCGUUGUUUCGCCACUGCGUUCUGAUCAGAACGGGCCGAGGCGCUAGUGCAAACGGUUAUGGAUGUCUGGCAGCGCCAAACGGGCAAUUCAAAUGGAAUUUCCGUUACAAGUGAUCUGUGUUUUAAAUUUUUUGAUUAAUUAUUAGGGGUUUUAUUUAAACUAAAGCGCAGUUUGUAUAACUAUGUUUUCGAGCUAUGUAAGAAGUGCACUUUGCCUUGAGUAAAUUUCCUGAGAAAAAAAAACGCAGUUUGCCGAGGUGAAAAGCAUCAGUUCUCCCAGUAAAUCCAAUCAUGGCAUUCUCAGUAGUCUCCAGCCUGCUCCUCGUCGGGAUCUGCUCUCUGGCCUGCGUCCAGGUGGCCCGGGCGGAGUGCUGCACCUCCCGGGAGCUGUUGGAGUUCAAGAUGGACAGAGGCGACUGCCAGGCUGUGCGUGCAAUUGAAAACUAUCCCCACGGCUGCGAAGUGGCGAUCUGCGCCGAUGGAGUCGCCCAAUUCUUUGGCUGCAACUGCGACGGCGGCUGCCUGACCGGCGAUUGGUCCCAGGACUUUGUGAGGAGGAACAGCCACUACGGAAUCCAGAUCCUUAAAGCCACCAGGAUACGAUUGUAGCUUCUUGUUCGGCCAUUUAUCACAUGUGAUAAUAAAGUGAAGCUUUAAAUGCAUCCAGAAAUUAGUAAUUAAUUAAGUUUACUUUAUAUAUGCAUGAAUAUGAUAAGGUUUCCAAUUUCUAAUCAAAUUACAU